CUAGCCGUCAGCUUUCUUUCCCCCUCUUUUCUUCACGCUACUUCGUCGCCGCUUAUUUAUAUUUGAUCCCUCCUCGGACUCUGCCUUUCACCACGUUCGCGGAAAAUGGCACCAAAGAAGGCUGUUGGAAAAGCCUUGGCAAAAAAGAAGCCGGAGAAGGUGGUGAAUCCACUAUUUGAGAAGCGUCCGAAGCAAUUUGGAAUUGGUGGGGCAUUGCCGCCAAAGAGGGAUUUGACACGGUUUGUUAAAUGGCCUAAAGCUGUUCAAAUUCAGAGGAAAAAGAGGAUUCUUAAACAGAGGUUGAAGGUUCCACCAGCUUUGAACCAGUUCACUAAGACCCUUGACAAAAAUCUUGCAACAAACCUGUUCAAGAUGCUUUUGAAGUAUAGGCCGGAGGACAAAGCACAGAAAAGGGAGCGUCUUCUGAAGAGAGCUCAGGAAGAGGCUGAAGGCAAGGCACAUGAUGCUAAAAAACCUAUUGUUGUGAAAUAUGGUCUCAACCAUGUUACCUACCUCAUUGAGCAGAACAAAGCACAGCUGGUUGUGAUUGCCCAUGAUGUGGAUCCAAUUGAGUUGGUUGUUUGGCUCCCAGCCCUUUGCAGGAAGAUGGAAAUCCCAUAUUGCAUUGUGAAGGGAAAAGCACGAUUGGGAGCGAUCGUCCACCAAAAGACUGCAUCAGUUCUGUGCUUGACGACCGUAAAGAACGAAGAUAAGUUGGAGUUCAGCAGGAUCCUUGAGGCUAUUAAGGCGAAUUUCAACGACAAAUACGACGAGUACAGGAAGAAAUGGGGAGGAGGAAUCAUGGGCUCUAAGUCACAGGCUAAAACUAAAGCCAAGGAGAGGCUGCUCGCCAAAGAAGCUGCUCAAAGAAUGUCUUAGGGAUCAUUUUUAUAGCUUGAAAAAAACCAUGGAGACUUGGUGUUAUUAUUUUUGGGUCGUUAGUUUCUUGAGCAUCAGAAUUUUGAAGUGUUUUUGUUUACUUAUAAUUUGCUGAUUUCGGAUAUAGUUUUGAUGUAGCGCAGACCCUUCCCCCUUUGUUAUUCAUAUUAUAAUGUAAUUUCAAGGGAGUUUUUCUUUA